ACUCGGAAUUUGCUCGAAAGCGGACCGCAAACACGGAGAAGCUCGAGUGGCAACUUUUUCUCAGUUACGUUAUUAAUAAGUAUUUAUGUGUGUUCAAAGCACCGUAAUUUGAGAACAUGAGCUUUAUUAAACACGUCGUGUGUGCGAUGUCUGGCGGCAUCGACAGCUCUGUGGCAGCCUUAUUGCUGAAGAAAAGAGGUUAUAAAGUUACUGGAGUUUUUAUGAAGAAUUGGGAUUUAACAGACGAGAGGGGCAUCUGCACUACAGACAAAGACUGCGAAGACGCCCAAAAGGUGUGCCAGAUCCUCGACGUCCCCUUCCAUCAAGUGUCCUACGUCAAAGAAUAUUGGCAUGACGUUUUCAGUAAUCUUCUGAAGGAAUAUGAAAAGGGCAGAACGCCAAAUCCAGACAUAGUCUGUAACAAGCACAUCAAAUUUAACCUUUUUCUCAACUACGCCAUGGACACGCUGGGUGCUGAUGCCAUGGCAACAGGCCACUAUGCCAGAACGUCACAAGAAGACGAAGAGGUUUUCAAACAGAAACGCACGGCGGGGCCCCCGACGCUCUUCAGAGACCGCUUUGAGAUCAGAAACCCAGUGAAGUUGUUGAAAGCAGCAGAUCACUUCAAGGACCAAACCUUCUUCCUAUGUCAGAUCUCCCAGGAUGCCUUGCGGCACACUAUUUUCCCACUUGCCGGGCUCACCAAAGACUUUGUCAGAAAAAUUGCAAGUGAAGCAGGACUUCACCACGUGUUGAAAAAAAAAGAGAGCAUGGGAAUCUGCUUCAUUGGAGAGAGGAAGUUUGAAAGCUUUAUUUUGGAGUAUUUGGAACCUAAAGUAGGGAACUUUGUCUCGGUUGAAGAUGGGACCAUCCUGGGAAAACACAAAGGCUGGUUCACGGUGACUCUGGGUCAGCGAGCGAGGAUCGGAGGUCAGAGAGACGCCUUGUUUGUGGUGGACAAAGACACCACCACUGGAGAUGUGUUUGUGGCUCCGACCACCAAUCACCCGGCUCUUUUUCGUGACACUUUGUGGACGGCCCGCUUCCACUGGAUAACACUGGACCCGCCUCCGGAGCUUGUCAGGACAAAAAUGAUGGACUGUCACUUCCGUUUCCUCCACCAGAUGUCGCUCGUCCCCUGCACUGUGACACUGAACAUGGACGGCUCAGUCUGGAUCUCACUGUCCCAACCCACCAGAGCUCUGACACCUGGACAGUUUGCCGUCCUCUACAAAGGAGACGAGUGUCUAGGCAGUGGGAAGAUCAUCCGACUGGGACCCAGUGAACACAUGCUGCAGCAGGGCUACGAAUGGUUAACAGGCGAGCAGCAGAACCCUGAACCCGUCAGCUGAUGUUACCUCACACAGAGGCCUAACUUUAAACUUUACACAAAAUCAAACCGGUGGAGAACCUCUAAAUCUUAGGUCUACUCAAGAACCCGAAAAUGGCAGGACUGGAGUAGUGAUCCAUGACGGGAUGACAAGAAGUGCGGUGUGACGAAACAACACUGUCCCAGCAUGCAGCUGGUCGGGAUCUCAUGAGAUGAAAAACAACCAUUUAACAGAAUUUUGGGACAACUUUGAAGACUCAGAGGAGGAAUUUCGGCGUACAACAAAUCCUUUGUCAAAGACUUGAUGGUUUUAUUAAAGACUGAACUGCACAGAUCAGUUUUUGAGCUGUUUGAUUGUUCUGUCAGUAUUCAGAUUUUUCCUCAUGUGUUUCAGUGACUUCAGAGUGUCAGUGAGUUGGUAUUUCAAAUACAAAUACUGCAGUUCUCUUGUGGGGUAAGAACCUUCGGCUGCUCCCUUGUUUUGCACUCGAGGUCGACAGCAAAUCCGAAGUGGAUCUGCAUGUUGAAUUGGCACAAGUUUUACGCCGGAUGUAAUGGAACAGAAAUGGGAUGUUUUCUAACCUCUUCAGUUCAGCUUUGAACAGUUUGUUGUUGCCAGUACACAAUCGCUAAAACAAAAUAAAGAAUCUAUAUUAGGUUCAUGUUCCUGGUGAUUGUUUUCGGUGAGUUGUGAUUAGGAUAAGUUAAAUCAGACCAAAUAGGGAACUA